GGCCCCCCACCCCCGUGCAUGCAGGUUUCUUCCCAUUGGUUCGCUGCCUGCCUCGGGAGCCCCCUGUGGCCUCCAACCAGGCAGCCUACUUGGCGCCCCGCAGCGAGUGCCCCCAAGCUGACCCUGUUUCCCAUUGGCUGCUCUGGGGGCCGCCGCCAUCUAAUGAGGAUGGGGGCGCAGAGCUCCCGAGCACGCCCUCCCUGCGGCGGGAUCUAGCCCUGUAGCCGCGGGACCGGGCAGGGGCCGAAGCUGUGCAAAGGCCGAGAUACCGGCUUCUCUUCGGAGGACACCCGUUCUUCCUCCGGGCCGGGUCUGGGUCGCAGCUCGGGCUUCCCGCGGAGCUGUGCAUCUCUAAUCUGGAACCCAACCCUCGAGGCUCCAGUAAGUACGAAACACCUACGCAGCGUGAGAACCGGCUCAGGGCGGACGGAGAGAGUGUCCCUGCUCCUGUGUAUCCUGUGUGCAUCUCCAUUUACUAAUCUCCUUAAUCGUUUAUCCACCCAUCGUUUAUCGGUUCGUUUAUUUGGCAUUCUGGGUGCACUCGCUGCGCCGCUUGUCCACAUCCUUCUCUCCGACGGUGUUGGGAAAUCCUGUGCCCUGAAGAAUUCGGACUGAGAUCCGAACGGAAGAGUGGUGUAGACGAGGGUGCAACCCCGGAGGGACCAUGUUCUACUAUCCCAGCGUGCUUCAGCGCCACACGGGCUGCUUUGCCACCAUCUGGCUGGCAGCAACGCGCGGCACCCGGUUGGUGAAGCGCGAAUACCUGAAGGUCAACGUGGUGAAGACCUGCGAGGAAAUCCUCAAUUACGUGCUGGUACGAGUGCAGCCCCCGCUGCCAGGUCUGCCGCGGCCCCGCUUCUCCCUUUACCUCUCAGCCCAGCUCCAGAUCGGCGUCAUUCGGGUCUACGCUCAACAAUGCCAGUACCUUGUAGAGGACAUCCAGCACAUCCUGGAGCGCCUGCACCGGGCCCAGCUGCAGAUGCGCAUUGAUAUGGUGGAGAUUGACCUACCCAGCCUGCUGCUGCCUAAUCACCUGGCCAGGAUGGAGACUCUGGAAGAUGCUCCAGACCCCUUUUUUGGGAUGAUGUCCGUGGAACCCAGACUGCCCAGUCCCUUCAAUAUCCCUCAGAUUCGACACCUCCUAGAGGCUGUGACCCCAGAGAGAGUUCUUGAAGAGAUCCCUCCUGAAGUUCCUAUAGAGCCAGAAAGGAUUCUGGUCACUGCACCGUCUCCCGAGGCCAUCACGCUCCUGGAGGCGGAGCCCAUACGUAUGCUAAAGAUUGAGGGUGAACGGGAGCUCCCAGAGGUCAGCCGCCGAGACUUGGAACUGCUGAUCGCAGAGGAGGAGGAAGCCAUCUUGUUAGAGGAACGUCGGCUAGAGUACAAAGAGGAGCUCCGGGCCCCGGAGAGGGAGAUCACAAUCCCCCCGCCCUCACCUCUAGCUCUUGCAGAGGUGGAGGAGGCUGCAGAACCACUUCCGGUUCAGGUCCUGGCCCCCGAGGAGCUGAAGCCACCAGGCUGGGAGCCCGAGGCCCUACUUCCUGAGGUAACCCCCCCGCUGGAGCUGCGUCUGCCAGUCCCACUCAGCCCAGAGCGGAGGAGACCCCCAGUCUCCCCACCUCCCAGGAGCCCACCUGCUCGCCGCCGCCGCCGCCAGUUAUUAUUCUGGGACCGGGAGACCCAGAUCCCCCGGGAGGAAUUCCGGGAACAAAUGCAAACCAGAGCCCACUGCCGGGAGUGUCCAAUGGUGCAGCCUCCCGAGAGGAUGAUCAUGAGCCCCGGAGAGCUGUUCCGAACCCCGACUCACUGUGAGGAAUGGUGGGACUGGUGUGUGGGAUCCUCUGAACCCCUAUCCCUCACUCUUGGUGUUCCUCACGCCUCAGACCCUCUCCCUGCUGCCCCGUCCUCAGCUGGCCAGCUACCCCAAGAACUGCUGGCUUUCUGGACCCACUGUGCCCAGCCACUCCCGCUAGCACUCAGGAGAAGGCCGCCCCCGGAGCCCGAGUUAGAGGAAGCUGAGAGGGAGGCGGCAGCAGAGGAGGAAAGGAGAAAGGCUGAAACUCCGAGCGAUAUUGAGGUCCUGAGGGAGGCCCUGGAGCCCAGUGGGCCCCUCACGCUGCCUUCAGAGAUCUCCCUAGAAGCGGCUGAGGAGGAGAAGACCCGCAUCAGCCUCGUCGAAGAACGGUGGUAAGCGGCAGCCCCAGCUAGGAUGGGUGUGCCCCUCGUCACUGUCACAGCUGCCACCUUCCCUGCUCCACCCAACUCCUGUGUUUUCCUAGGGCCUGGGCUGAGGCGGAGCAGCCAGAAGCUCCUGCAUUGCCCGUGG